AUGCCGGCGAUUCCUGGCUUCAUCGUCCCUUUUACGGAGUUUGUCUUUUUCUUGAUUAUGUUAUACAGUAUUGACGAGUUUGAACCGUAUAUCAGAACUUUGAAUCGGCUUAAAAAAUUGGAUUUAUUCAUAAAAAUUAUUUUCAGUUGAAGUAUGGAAAAAUUGUUCAUUAUAUCAGAAAAUGGGCCAUCAGGAAUUAUUUUCUCUUUUUCCUUUUUAAGUUGAGAAAAAGUCUUUCAAUACUUUUUGGAAAAAUUCGAUUCAACUCAUGAAAUACCGGAUAUUUGAAGUCAACCAAGUUUUUUUAAAACUUUUUUGAAGCUUAUAAUUUCAUCAUAUUUUCCUCGAAUUCGUUUCAGUUGGGAAUGGAAUCGAGCCAAAUUUCUGUUUCGAAGCACCUCAGUCUCUGAAAUAAGAGAAUGUCUUUCUCUUCUUUCAAUGUGGAGGAGCAGGUUUCUCUUCUUUUUUAUUCUUCAUUUCACGUUGAAUAUUUAUUCGGUUCCUUAGAGACAUAAUUUUGUUAUCGAUUUUCAGUUAAGCGAUUUUUUCGAAAAAAAAAAUUAUAACACUCAAAGGUUUUCUGUUCAUUUUUCAACGUUAUCAACUUUUUUACAGCUUUUAACGGAGAAUUAGAAAAAAAAGACGAAAAUUGAAAUGAAAGUGGUUUCCUUCUCCAUGCGCCUUUAAUAGUCACUUCAAGCUUCGAAAAUUAGCAAAUUUAAAGUUCUCUAAUGAGAAAGGUCAUUAUUCUUUGUGGUUGGAAAUUUUCCGAAAUUUUGAAAAUGAAAGAUAAAAAUUCAAGAAAUUCCAAAUUUUCAACACCUAGAAGUGGAAGAAACUCAUCAAAAAGAAUUCAAAUUGACUUUUUUGAGCCGUUGUUUCUUAAAAACUAGGAGUUGAAACGUUAAAGAGGAUCAAGAAUAAUCUGACUAAUUUUCAGGAAAUUCUUAAGGGUAAGGUAAAAUAUCCCUCCUUGUGAAUAGAAUACGCCGCUGGAUAAAAAUAAACAAAAAAUUUUUUGCAAUUGAAAAGGCGUCUAUAUCCGAUUCACGGCUAGCUUUGGACUCUAAGGGGCGUGGCCUGUCUGCGCUCUCCACGAACCAGACACUGUCUCUUUUCUUAUCGUCCCAGGACCUUUUAUAGAUGGCUCAGGUCAGCCGUGAAUCAGCUAUAAAUAUUUUUUUUUUCUCAUUAUGUCUUGAAAUUGAAGAAAAUAUUUGAAGAAUGGGUGACAAAACUCCGGUCGCGAUUUCCUGUUCGGAUCUGUUGCUGAGAGUCGCGAUGGAUGAGCUCCUGACCAAGGUGAGAAAACAGAUUUCGAAACCGAGUAUAGUUCAAACCGAAAAACCUUUUGAAAAAAAAAAAACAAGGACGAAAAAACGAUUUAUCCUCCAAAAAGUUGUCUUUACGGAUAAUCAUGAAGUUUCAAAGUCAACGUCUCAAAAAGUCUCGAGUGCCAGGAAAAUUUUCCCCACUGACCACUAAAAAUUUCAGUGGCCACUUGAGGGGUCAAUGGAUCAACAUAACUGGUCCAAUCUGUUUGUUUUAAAAAAUUAUCAGAGUUACUGGAAGGAAUAUUGGAUGAAAAACUACUGAAGUGGCCACUAUAGAGGUGGGUUUAGUGGCCACUUUAGUGUCCUCUUCAAGUAGUCCUUGGCGAGCCUCUAUAGUGGCCACUGAAAACUUUCCCUGUAAAGAUAAUCCCUCAGAAUUUUUGUUGAGUUUUUGAGGCAAGUUCGAUCAAAAAUGACCUGAAUUACAGCUUUUUUUGAUGUACCUUUAUUUCUCUUUACAAGUUUAAGAAAGAAGAAAUAAUUCCAGGACAAAAGCGAUUGGAUCCGAAUGGAAGCGAUUAAAAUGUCCUACUGCAUUGCCAUUAUCAGGUUUUUUUUUUAAUUUGCUUUUGUAAAUUUUCCGAGCUUUGAAAAUGGACUCUCCAUAGAAAAUGCCUUUAUUUCCAACAAAAAGAAAAAAAAAAACAGAAGAAAAAAAUGGUAAAAUUUCGCGUGAGAUCCUUUUUUGAGCGAAGAAAAUGGGAAAAAGUGAUAGAGAAAGGAUUUUUGGAGAGAAAAAGAGUUUUUUUCUGAGGAGUUAUAAUGAACUUUGAAAAAAAGGUUUCUGUGGAAAUUUUUUUAAAAAUGUUGAAAAAAAGAGGAAUAACUUUGGAAAGUGAAUAAAAAGUUGGGUCUUGGACGAACGAAAUUAAUUUGUUCAAUUAGAGUAAAAAGUUGGUUUCGAAAUGGCAUCUUUAAAAAGAAGAGGAGAGCUUGAUUUUUCACAGUAUUUUAACUGCGAAGCGGUUGCGGCCGACCUGAAAAGACUUGCGCGCAGUAGCACACAUAGUACUGUAACUGACCGCAACACUUUGAGCCAUUACGCAUGCGCCCCAAGAAACAAAAAAUUCAGAAAACAACUCUGUGAAAAUAACGAAAUAAAUUGUCGACUUGGAAAAAGUCUUAUAAAGCUUUUGAAACAGCAGGAAUUGAUAUAGGCGAUUCACGGCUAGCUUGGGACGCUAA